AUGGCGAUGAGAGCGGCGGCGACGGCGGCGAUUUCUGCCAAUUCGCAUAUAGGAAGGGGAUUAAGGGGUUUGUACUCUUCUUUCUCAAGUUUCCCCUUUGAUCUGCCCAAGGCUACAGUCGACAAGCCUCCUAAGGCCGAACCCUCCACCAAUCUCUUCGUCUCUGGACUUAGCAAACGUACAACAACAGAAGGCCUUCGUGAUGCCUUUGCCAAAUUUGGUGAAGUAGUCCAGGCUAAAGUGGUGACUGAUCGUGUAAAUGGUUACUCAAAGGGUUUUGGUUUCGUCAAGUAUGCAACUCUAGAAGAUGCUGCAGCAGGGAUUAGUGGCAUGGAUGGCCAGUUUUUGGAUGGUUGGGUUAUUUUCGCAGAGUAUGCAAGGCCUAGGGAACCUCUUCCACGCGUGAACAACUCUCCUCCUCCUCAGGGUCAACAGUGGUGA